CGACAUACCGCGUGGUUUUUCUCUCAACCGGUUAUACCUCCCGUUAGAAUCGUUCAGUCGGUGUAUCUACCCGUUGCUGUGUGCACGUACUCUGUAGAGCAGUUGCCAUUGUAUUUCACCGCGUGAAAAUAUAACCUCUUGAUAUCAAUAAUAUUCGCAUUUUUCAGUUAAAGACGUUUUUGACGAUUUUAUUCGAUUGUUUUCGUCUGAUUUACAAUUUCGUAUACCGUUGACAAGCACUUGCGUGCGCAAUUAUUUCGGCAGAGCAACGAUUAACUCAGUACAAGGCACAAUCGGCAGAAAUGGCGCCGUCUUCAAAACAAGUGAUAAAUUUCGGCGCAGGACCGGCCAAGGUGCCCAGACAGGUUCUCGAACAGGUGAAAGAAGAACUGUUAGACUGUGGUUGUGGUAUCAGCGUUAUGGAGCUCAGUCAUCGAUCCUCUGAGUACGCGGCCAUCAACAACCGGGCAAUCGCAUUGUACCGAGAAUUAAUAGGCAUCCCAGAAAAUUAUAAAAUAUUAUUAAUGCAAGGAGGAGGAACCGGUGCUUUUGCUUCAGUAGCGUUGAAUUUAAUGCAUAGGGGUGAAAAAGCUGAUUAUAUAUUAACAGGCGUUUGGUCAACAAAAGCAGCUAAUGAAGCAUCUAAGUACUUAAAAGUUAACCAUGUGUUUCCAAAACCUGAGAAAUUUAACGCGAUUCCUGAUCAAUCAACAUGGAACCUAGAUCCAGAAGCUGCGUAUGUGUAUUAUUGUGAUAACGAAACAGUGAACGGUGUCGAGUUUUCUUUCAUUCCCGAAACUAAAGGCGUGCCAUUGGUGUGUGACAUGUCAUCCAACAUUAUGACGAGGAAAUUUGACGUGAGCAAGUUCGGUGUGGUGAUUGCUUGUGCGCAAAAGAAUCUCGGUCCCUCGGGUAUUACUGCAAUUAUUAUUCGCGAAGACCUUCUAGGAAAACCGAGUCCACUUUGUCCUCAAGUUUUCGACUAUACAUUAUUCACAAAAGAAAACUCUUUGCUCAAUACACCUCCAACUUUCAUAGUUUAUAUCUUCUCGCUGGUAUUAGAAUGGGUUAAAAAUCAAGGAGGACUUGUUGCCAUGGAAGCUAAUUCAAAGGCUAAAAGCGAGUUGCUGUACUCAGUUAUUUCGGAUUCUCAAGGUUUCUAUUCAUGUCCGGUCGCUAAGGACUGCAGAAGUCGUAUUACCGUGCCGUUUUGCUUGAAUGCAGGACCCGAAGCUGACAAGCAGUUUUUAAAGGAAGCACAAGAAUUAGGAUUCUUACAGCUUAAAGGGCACAGAUUGGUGGGAGGUAUCCGAGCAGCCAUGUACAAUGCCUUAACAUUGGACGAAGUAAAAAUCCUAGUUGAUUUUAUGAAAACAUUUCAAGAACGUAAUCCACAAUAUUCUGUUUGAACAAAUAUUAAACCAUUCGAUAUAAAUAUAUUUAUAUAUAUGUAUUAUAUUCA